AUUACAGGUCCUCUGGCUCAAAUAAUUGACUCAAAGAGCAGGAGAGGAGACACACAAUGGAGGAGAGUACGGCACGGAUUCACUGCUGAAAGACUUGUCUGCGUGUUGCACGCCGCCCAGCUUCGACCCAGUGAGAGAAACACACAGCAAGUAGCAAGUUUGGAUAAGUCUUGGCUCUUUUUUUUUUUUUCCUCUUUCCCAACCGUUUCUCCCAGUUUGUGAGAGAGCUUGUACCCGGAGCUGCACCACAGUAGAGGUCAUCAUGCCUCCCACAACCCCAUAUGCCGGAAAGUUCAGCUCGUGCCCUCCGUACGGCAACAACAACAACCACCCGCAGCCUCAGAGUCCCUACCGCAGCAACACUGCCCCAAAACCUACCAGAGAAAACAUCUACAACAACACGUACCCCGCAGCAGAAAACCCCUACGACGUACCGCAGCCCCAGAGCGGGUACCGCAGCUCCUCGGUCUCCUCCAACCCCAAGGAGCAUCAUUACAGCAGCUGCACCGUUUCGGAGAACCCGUACUCCCCGACGCAGCCCCACAGCCCCCGCCAGCACAGCACUUCCUGUCCGGGCCGCGCCUACCGCCACACGAGCAGCAGCAGCGGCAGCGAGCAGUCCUCUCGCAGCAGCGCGGCCGCGACGAAAGCGCGACUCUACGGGCAUGGCGUCACCACCAGUUACGGGGAGAUGUGUUACCAUGACAAUAGUCUGGUUUCGGCGUCUCUCGAGGCGCUAAUCCAGCACCUGGUUCCCACGGUGGACUACUACCCGGACAGGUCGUAUGUCUUCACCUUCCUGCUGAGUUCACGCCUCUUCCUGCACCCGUAUGAGCUCAUGACGAGGGUUUGUCACCUGUGUGUGGAGCAGCAGCGGUCGGGAGAUGCCCUGCUGGAUAAGAUCCGUUUUCGUGAGGUGGCGCCGAAGCUGGUGCAGCUGCUGACUGAGUGGACGGAGACGUUUCCGUACGACUUCAGGGACGAGAGGAUGAUGCGAUGCCUCAAGGACAUGACGCACCACGUGGCCCGAGGGGACGAGUACUCUUGGCGAGCCAUGCAGCAGAUGACCCAGCGUCUGAUCAAGCGGCUCUCCGCCCUCGGCCAGUACGAGGAGGCCGUGGCCGCGCUCAACGCCGUGGCCAUGGAGCGCCCCGCUUCCCUGAAAAGCAAGCAGGCGUCGGCCCAGCGGAGCGACGUGCUGAGCGUGUGCGACGACCCCUUCAUCCUCGCCCAGCAGCUAACACACAUUGAGCUGGACAGGCUGAGUUUUAUUGGCCCAGAGGAGUUCAUCCAGACAUUCGCCAUGAAGGAUCCUCUGGAGAACCAUAAGGGUUUCUUCCGUAAGCGUAAAACCACCAACCUGGAGGCGUACGUCAACUGGUUCAACAGACUGAGUUACCUGGUGGCCACAGAGAUCUGUAUGCCAGUUAAGAAGAAACACAGAGCUCGGAUCAUCGAGUUCUUCAUCGACGUGGCUCAGGAGUGUUUCAACAUUGGGAACUUCAACUCCCUCAUGGCCAUCAUCACUGGAAUGAACAUGAGUCCUGUUGCCAGACUGAAGAAAACCUGGAAUAAAGUCAACACUGACAAGUUUGAAAUCCUGGAGCACCAGAUGGACCCUUCCAGCAACUUCAGUAACUACCGCACUGCGCUCCGUGGUGCCACCCAGAGGUCUGAGACCGCACAUAGCAGCCAGGAGAAGAUUGUGAUUCCUUUCUUCAGUCUGCUCAUUAAAGACAUUUACUUCCUGAAUGAAGGCUGUGCCAGCAGGCUGUCCAAUGGACACAUCAACUUUGAGAAAUUGUGGGAACUUGCAAAGCAGGUGAGCGAGUUCCUGGUUUGGCGUCAGGUCGUUUGUCCAUUCGACAGAGACCGCCGGAUCCUUCAGUAUCUCGUCACUACGCCUGUGUUCACUGAAGAUGAGCUGCAUCUGGCCUCGUACGAGAGUGAAGGACCAGAGAACAACAUGGAGAAAGACAGUCGGAGGUCUCUUAGAUCCUCCCUCCUCCAUCGAGAGAAUCGCUCCUAAAAGAAAGACAAUCUCCUCUGAUAACACAGACUGUAACUGAAUGAAGUGGUUUAAAGCUACAGAUUUCUCCAUAUUAUCAUAAUAUAACACUCCCAUGGCCAAAAUGUUGUUUUUUUGGGACCGCAUCUUCACUGAUAAGUACCACAAAGUAUUACUUGUUGUUUGAUAUCACAUGGAGAAUAAAUGAUUCAUGACACUGUAACUUGAUGAAAACAGUCGAGUGCCAAAGAACACCAGUGCUGCAGUUGUUUCACCAUUUGGUGCUGGGAAGUCUUAAAUCGUUUUUUGGACGUAAUGAUUCUCGAGAAGAGCCCGGAUUAACCCGUGACUGGACUAAACCAUCAUCGGCGGUGCUUCUUCUGCAAAAUCAGAUCCAACCAAGGCACUUAACCGGAAACCAGACGACUGCAGGAUUAGCUACAAGCGCACCGAUUUGAUGGCAACACUAGCCUCGUAUAGCGGACGGACCCGUCCGUCGGAAGCACGAAGGGCAGCAUUUGUUUCAGAACGAGACGGACAUUAGCGCUGCUGCUUCUUCUCGGACGUCCUGACUAAAAACCACUGAGAGCAGAGCUCAGAAAGCUGACAGCUUUUCGAAGCGCCACUGCUGUGCUUUAUAUUUACCACCACAUCCACUCCACUUAAUCCCUCUUCACGCUGUCAUUAAUGCAUUUUAUCCAAUUUAAAAGCAUAAUGCAAGUCAGCCACACAUUCACGCAGCGUUUAGAUUUCAUCGACCACAUGCAGUUUGCUUGUGAAUAUUUUGUGAUGUGUGCACUUUGGCUCUGUUGGCGAUGCGAAAUCAUGUGAUUGACAGCGGCAUCAUGCAAAUUAAACCUAAAUGCACUUCAGUGUGUUCUUGUGUAUUGUAUUAUAGGACUCGGUGACUGCAGUUUGUGGGCAUCUUUGUAUACUAUAGUAUUGAGUUGUAUUUUGUAUCAGAAGGUAAAUUUUUUUAUGUCCUUUCUCUGGAGUGUCACCAUGAGCUUGUUGCUGGUUGGCUGGCUCUGUGUUGGUAAGCUUUUACAACACCAGUUCAUGUAUGAGAAAACUAGUUUUUGGUGUGAAUGAAGUACAAACCGACGUGUGUGUGUUUGUGAGUGCGUGCGUGCAGCUUAUACAGGAACCUCCUCUUCAUCUUUCUGUGAUGAUGUGAUUCUAUAAGAUAUAGCUACGCGUGAAAGUGAUGCUGCAUUUUCAGGUUUUACAGACAUUUAUGCUUCGUUUUCUAUGUGUUUUUUGUCAUAUAUGCUUUUUCUUUUAUAUAUAUAUAUUUUUGUGUAUCAUGUGUGCCACCAGUCAGGGUACUUGUACUGAAGGUCUUUGUGAAAAGAGAAAAUAUAUUUUUCUUUCAAAUAAACAGAAUAUCUGAAGAAUG